ACCAAUACCCAGUGCUACAAACAUGGCUGUCUCAGUGCUUCGGGUGACAGUUGUCCUGGGACUGCUUGCCUUAAUCCUGACUUGCCAUGCCGAUGACAAGCCAGACAAGCCAGACAACCCAGACAACGAGUCAGACGACUCGGGCAAAAUGCCAAAGCCAGAUUUCCCCAGAUUCCUAAAUGUCUUGGGCAGAGAGAUCAUUGAGGACGCGGUGUCACUCUUCCUCGGCUCCGUGAUAAAGCGCAAAGAUUUUGUGGAACUUGAUGCUAAACAAGAACAUUCAUCAAAGUGACCUCCCAGGACACACCUACAGGGCUCCAGAACAAUCCCAGGGCAGCCAGAUCCUGCUUUUCCAGUUCUUCUACACCAGGCGGCCUCCAGGACCCAGGCCUCAAAGCACCUCCCAGCAAGUUCUUAGGAUUCGGGCUCUGACCACAACCAAGUACAGCUUUACUGUGAACACCAUGACUUUGCAUGUUUGCUUCUAGAAGUCAGAAUGAAUGAGUCCUCUUUGGGGGUCACACAUCCGAGUUCACUGAGAAGAUUUUUGUUGAUGGUACCAAUUUUUUCCUGAACGUGUUUAAACUUUUUAAUGCUGCAAAAAUACUAAGUAUAUAAGAAUUAUCAGCAAGAAUAACCAAAGAAUGGUUAAAAAUAAGGAAACUAAAGCCCAGGUCCAAAGUCACAAGUUCAAGAAAUGAUAAAAAGAGGAUUUUAAUCUGAUUUCAAAGAACAUCCUCUUAACCCCUAAAAAAUGUGUAAGUUUUGGAGAUAAAAGUUUCAUGCACCUUUUUGGAAAGUCUUUCA